UCAAGGCCGUUGUUGGCCAUAUUUUCAUUAUUCCCACAAAUUAUUUCAAAUAAUCUGCCUUAAAACUGUAACUGUGUAAAAUGGCAAGUAAUCGGCAUAAAGAUCACUUGAACCAAUAUCUAAAGACCCAUAAGAGCACAAAUAAGACUCCGGAAAGAGACAAGCAGAGCCAAAAUCGUCAUGUCCAGGCAUCAACUUCAAGAGGUAUGUCAUCACCAAAGACAGACUCGUCAAGACAAGCUAGCACGCAACCUAGAAAGAAGCCAUCUGCCAAGAUUUUUCCUGUUAUUCCAAGGGGAAAAGCUAAUAUCGGACAUCUCCCUGACGAGAUUCUUCUUGAAAUCUUUUCCUACUUGGGACCAAGCAAUCUCCUCUCCUUAUCAAGGGUUUGUCACAGGUGGCUUAACCUCACUAAUGAUAACCUGAUAUGGAAAGAUGUGUUCGAGAAGUAUGUGAAGAGACAGAGAGUAAAAGUCCCAGAAAGACCUCCAUCAAACUGGUGGAAAUCACAGUGCAUAUUCAAAGGGGUCGAGCAAAGAAACAAAAGAAUGCUGCCGUUGCUGAAGAAGAUCAGCCAGUACACCAAACUACCAGCUAAUACUCAAAAAAUCUUAACGAAGUCCGAUGUCAGAUGGCAGUUGACUUUGGUUGAUAGUGACAGCAUAGAGCACACAUUCCAGUGCAAUGAUAGAUUCUACUUCAACAUGUCAAUCACGACGAGAUGGUACAGUUUGGAGUUCCCUCCAGUUCGGCGGAUCAGGAGAUUAAAGAUACACAGCAUGAACCCAGUGUUCUUUGACCAGAAUGGAGUCGCCCAACCAAACAGUCCCUGCCAGCGGUCCCUGUUUAUUGACAUGGAGUUCAAGUGGCAUAAGAUAACCAGUGACCAUAAGCCUAUAACCAGUGAUGAUCUCGUAUCGGUGUAUAACCUGCCUCAUUCGAUGAUGCUAGCCACUUGGAAGGAUGGUGGAGAAAUGGCAUUCAUCUCGCUCUGUAUUCAUAGCAACCACCUUGUUGAGAGGUGUUUUCUUGGGUCAUCUUUGGACUCUUAUAUUCCACCUUCACGUCUUGUUGCCAUGGAUGACAUCGACCCAAGAUACGGCUUGCAUGACUACUCGUGUACGAUAGAGCUUAGAAAUCAACGAGCUGUGUUGUGGUCAGAACACUUUAGAGGCCUCAAUUCCAGAGAACCAGGUGGAGGAGGGGCAGUCCUCACAGCUAUAGACGUCGAUGAGAAUAUCUACCAUCAUAACUUAUCGAAGAAGCUGUCAAUACCGUGGAAGACUGAUCUCUUUAAGAAUAUACUGCAGGACAUGGUGAUCAUGGAUCUAACAGUUUUGGAGGAAAGAGAUCUACCCAUAUGGUGUGUGAGUGCUCCAGUAAAAGUGGCUUAUGCUGAUGAGGGGAAAGUUGACUUUGAGUUCGAUGGGAUAGAUUAUGUAAUUGAUUAUGAUGAUGCUCGUGGGAAAGUUCAUAUGAGUCUCAACUGGGAUGGAGCAAACAAGAUCUACAAUGUGACGCAUUUCAAAAUGCAUAUUUUGUUAGAUACAGUGAAUGCAUGGUUUGGGACAAAAUACAAAUAAGACUUUUACACCAUCCUGGUCUCAAUUUUAAUGCUAAAUCGUGAGUGGGACAGGCCUUCUACACUUGUUCUAACUACCUAUCUCAUAAUUUUGUCGCUAUAUGUUGCUGCAGAGAUCUGGGGCUCAUGCCUUCGCUGUUUAUUAUUAAUCUGUGAUUCUACCUAUAGCUGGCAGUUAUCAGUUGCAAUUGGAAUGCCAGUCCUGCAUGCUGAUUACAUGCAGCUCGUAAUGUGAUACUCCAAAGGAGCUUAGCCUGAACUAGAAUCUACAUGUACAGGCCUAUCUCAAAGCAGUCACAAUUAACCAUUGAAAGGUGUGCUUUAUGAAUUUUAGACUAAUAAAUGUUAGACUAAUGACAUAUUUAUGAUCAUUAAGUUAUUAUGUAGCUUGACUAUCAGUAAUUCCCGGAACGCACAUUGGGCAUGUGCAUGCAACUGUUGUAAACAGUAGGUUACUAUGUACCCAUAGAAAAGGUACAGCUGCACUGGACCUUUAAUUACCGUAAGAAAGUUGUCUUCCAAUUCUUAAUUGGGAGUAAUGUUAAUGAUAUGCACACAUGUGUUGUAGAUAAAGAUGCUGGCAGUGUAGAAGGAAGUCGAUCACUGUAUUGUUCACAAAAAAUUCAAAAAGCUUUUGCAGUGAUUAUUGUACACAAAAGGCAAGAUUGCAUUUUUCCUCAAUAAAAGAAACAUGAAUAAAGAA